AUGCAUCAGCCCACCACCACCUCCGCCGCCGCCACGGUGGUCCUAGAGGCGGGACAUUGGCCGUCUCUGACAUUGCCAGCUUCGUCAGCGAUCCUCACUCUGUGCGCUGCUUGCAAGACCCUCCGCCGCCGCUGCGUUGAGAAAUGCAUGCUGGCGCCCUACUUCCCUCCCGAUGAACCUCUCAAGUUCGCCAUUGCUCACCGGAUUUUCGGAGCCAGCAACAUUAUUAAGCUGUUGCAGGAAGUUGGAGAAGGUGAAAGGGCAGAUGCAGUGAACAGCAUGGUGUACGAAGCAAACGCUAGGUUAAGGGAUCCCAUCUACGGCUGUGCGGGCGCCAUUUGUCAUCUCCAGAAGCAGAUCGACCACCUUCAGAUCCAACUAGCCACAGCGCAUGCUCAAAUACUCAACCUGCAAUGCCACAAUGCAAUUUUGCAAAAUCAAUUUUGCAAAACACAACAACCUUCUCUUGAUGAUGAAGGAAUACUGGGGGUGGGGGACCCCCUUUGGACAUGAUCAAUAAUAUAAUGAAGACUUAAUUAAUUAAUUAUAUACUACUAAUAAGAUAGUCACUUAAAUUAAGAUGUGUAUCUCUGGUUUUAUUGGUUGUAUGUUAUGCGUUUGUUCUGUGCUAAUUAUAGCUCCAUAUAUUAAUAGUUGUUCAUUUCUUCUAUAAAUUAAUCGUCA